CCGUAGCGUACCACUGCCGGCGUGCACCAGCCCGCCUCGAUCGAUCUCCAUCGCCGUAUUUGCGUUCGUCCCCCUCGUUCUGAGAGAGAGAGAGAGAGAGAGAGAGAUGUGGCGCAGCUGCGUGUCGCGGGCUCUCCGCUUUCCAUCGAACAAGGCGUCGAUCGGCGGCGCAUCGAUCCGUUCCUCCCAGUCGGCCUCCAGAAACCUCUCCACCGGCUCGGAUGGGCGGAAUUCGUACACCAUUGUCGAUCACACAUAUGAUGCUGUCGUCGUAGGGGCUGGAGGUGCAGGUCUAAGAGCAGCCAUUGGUCUCUCGGAGCAUGGCUUUAACACAGCUUGCAUUACCAAGCUCUUCCCUACUCGCUCCCAUACAGUUGCAGCACAGGGUGGUAUAAAUGCAGCUCUUGGAAAUAUGACUGAAGAUGACUGGAGAUGGCAUAUGUAUGAUACUGUCAAAGGGAGUGACUGGCUAGGUGAUCAGGAUGCCAUCCAGUACAUGUGCAGAGAAGCACCAAAAGCAGUCAUUGAGUUAGAAAAUUAUGGGUUGCCUUUCUCAAGGACUGAAGAUGGAAAAAUUUAUCAACGGGCUUUUGGAGGUCAAAGUUUGGAUUUUGGAAAAGGUGGCCAGGCAUAUCGUUGUGCAUGUGCUGCUGAUCGAACUGGUCAUGCUUUACUGCAUACACUUUAUGGGCAAGCAAUGAAGCAUAACACCCAGUUUUUUGUCGAAUACUUUGCUUUGGACCUUCUCAUGGAUAAAUCUGGUGCUUGCCAGGGAGUGAUUGCAUUGAAUAUGGAAGAUGGGACCCUCCAUCGUUUUCGUGCUGCCAAGACGAUCUUGGCCACUGGGGGCUAUGGCAGAACAUACUUUUCUGCGACUUCUGCUCAUACAUGUACUGGAGAUGGAAAUGCUAUGGUUGCACGAGCUGGAUUGCCACUACAGGAUCUUGAGUUUGUACAAUUCCAUCCUACAGGCAUAUAUGGUGCUGGGUGUCUCAUCACUGAAGGAUCUCGAGGUGAAGGUGGUAUCCUUAGGAACAGUGAAGGUGAACGGUUUAUGGAGCGGUAUGCUCCUACAGCCAAGGAUCUUGCAUCACGUGAUGUGGUUUCAAGAUCUAUGACAAUGGAAAUAAGGGAAGGUCGUGGUGUAGGACCACUGAAGGAUCACAUUUAUCUGCAUCUGAAUCAUUUACCUCCGGAUGUUCUCAAGGAAAGACUUCCUGGGAUAUCUGAAACUGCUGCUAUCUUUGCUGGUGUUGAUGUCACUAAGGAACCAAUCCCUGUUUUGCCUACAGUUCACUAUAAUAUGGGUGGUAUACCCACAAACUACCAUGGGGAGGUAGUAUGUAUAAACGGUGAUGAUCCAGAUGCAGUAGUUCCUGGUUUGAUGGCUGCUGGAGAGGCAGCCUGUGCAUCAGUUCAUGGAGCUAAUCGGCUUGGUGCUAAUUCCCUUCUUGAUAUAGUUGUUUUUGGUAGAGCCUGCGCCAACAGGGUUGCAGAGAUCUGCAAGCCAGGGCAGAAACAGAAGCCUCUUGAGGAAGAUGCUGGAGAAAGGACUAUUGCUUGGCUGGACAAAUUGAGAAACUCAAAUGGUUCACUACCAACAUCAAAAAUUCGUCUAAAUAUGCAACGAGUGAUGCAAACUAAUGCUGCUGUGUUUCGAACUCAAGAAACUCUGGAAGAAGGUUGUCAGUUGAUUGACAAGGCUUGGGAGAGUUUUCAUGAAGUCAAAAUCCGUGAUCGAAGUUUGAUAUGGAAUUCUGAUUUAAUAGAGACUAUAGAGCUUGAAAAUCUUUUGAUAAAUGCAUGCAUAACUAUGCACUCAGCUGAGGCAAGAAAGGAAAGUCGAGGGGCUCAUGCUCGUGAAGAUUUUACGAAAAGAGAUGAUGAGAAGUGGCUGAAACACACAUUAGGGUACUGGGAGAAAGAGAAGGUCAGGCUAGCGUAUAGGCCAGUCCAUAUGAACACCUUGGAUGAUGAAAUUGAAUCAUUCCCUCCGAAAGCACGUGUAUAUUAAUUCUUGGAAUUUUCUUUCCGUGAUUAAUUUUUGACAUUUACUUAGUUGCAAGAGUUUCGAGGUGUAAUAAAUUUGAUAACAUUCAACUUGUAUCGCGAUGAUAUCCGCCUUCCUUGUUGAUCUGUUGCAGAGCAACAAUGCAUCACAAAUCAUGAACACACUCCCUUUCUCUAUCUCAAUAAGAAACAAUUUUUAUGUUAUUAUUA